AUGGUUUUUUAUUGCGCCACUAUGGCUCACCAGCGCCGACAAGAAAAAGCCGUCUGGAAGGAUCGUAAAAAGAAUGCGCCACGACAACACCCAACGACCGGUAAUCCGAUCGUCUCGUGGGCGACUGCUCUCUUAAAACGUCCCAAGCCCACUGCAACACAAGAGGACUCUCCACUGUUUCGUCUACCGAAAGAGAUAAGGCUUCAAAUAUUCGCUUACGUUUUUAUGGGUGACCUGCACAUCGUGCGCCUCCGCAAGCGUCUUGGAUACCUCCGUUACAUGCCCUUGCCACCUGACACCGAUCCAACUUCUGAGGUGGACCCUGCCAGGAAGAAGUUUAUUGAACAUCCUGUAGUCCGAGGUCUUUGGCGCGCGGCCUACCCGACGAGUUAUUCCUACGGAAUAUGGGAUCCUCGCUGGCAACAAACGAUUAGCAAGCCGAAUUCAGUCACGCAGCAGCAACAGCAGCAGCUUCCUGAGCAGGCAGAUGGACGCGAAUGCUUGCUUUCUUUACUGAAAACUUGUAAGGUCUUGCAGGACGAAGCGACUCCACUGCUGUAUGAGUGCAUAAAUUUCGAGAUUAACAGCAGCUGGAACGCGUACUACUUCAUGAUGACCGUGCCGGCGGAGCACCUGGCACAUGUUCGAGAGCUUACUAUAUCACUUUCCGUCGACGAGGUAACUAAUUUCAACCGCCUCAAUAUCGGCGAAGAACCGAUAAUGACGUCGAAAGUGAGCUCCAUCAAUCAAGACGGCUGGCGGCGACUAUGGGACGGAGUAUCAUCUAUGCCACGACUGCGGCGACUCAAUAUAGCUGGGAAGGGCUUCCCAUUCUCCCUUGACCCGCAGUUGAGAGAGGAAAUAGUGGCGUCAUUAAAAAGCAUUCUAAAUACUUGUCGUGUGAUAGAGAUUCAUAUUAAGACUCAGCACUAA